UCGGCUCCGGGAAGCGGGUGGGCGCACAGAUGGCGGCGGCCGGAUGCGACGGCGACCCCGGGCCUGCAGAGGAGCUGUUGGUGGCCUGGAACACCGUGAGCACCGGGCUGGUGCCGCCCGCCGCUCUGGGGCUGGCGUCCUCCCGGACCAGCGGAGCGGUGCCGCCCAAGGAGGAGGAGCUGCGGGCGGCGGUGGAGGUCUUGCGGGGCCACGGGCUGCAUUCGGUCCUGGAGGAGUGGUUCGUGGAGGUGCUGCAGAACGACCUGCAGGCCAACAUCGCCCUGGAGUUCUGGAACACCAUCUCCCAGCGCGAGAACUGCGCAGACGAGCCCCAGUGCCUUCUGCUUCUUCUGGACGCCUUCGGCCUCUUGGAGAGCCGGCUGGACCCCUACCUGCGUAGUCUGGAGCUCCUGGAGAAGUGGACGCGCCUGGGCUUGCUGAUGGGCGCCGGCGCUCAGGGGCUGCGGGAAAAGGUCCACACCACGCUGCGCGGCGUCCUGUUCUUUUCCACUCCCAGGACCUUUCAGGACAUGAUUCAGCGCCUCUACGGCCGUUUUCUGAGAGUGUACAUGCAGAGUAAGAGGAAGGGGGAGGGGGGCACGGACCCCGAGCUGGAGGGGGACCUGGACAGCAGGUACGCGCGGCGGCGGUACUACCGGCUUCUGCAGAGCCCGCUGUGCGCGGGCUGCGGCAGUGACAAGCAGCGGUGCUGGUGCCGCCAGGCGCUGGAGCAGUUUCACCAGCUCAGCCAGGUCCUGCACAGGCUCAGUCUGUUGGAGCGGGUCAGUGCCGAGGCUGUGACCAGCACCUUGCACCAGGUGACCAAGGAGAGGAUGGAGGACCGAUGCCGGGGCGAGUAUGAGCGCUCCUUUCUGCGUGAGUUCCACAAGUGGAUCGAGAGGGUGGUGGGCUGGUUGGGCAAGGUGUUCCUGCAGGAUGGCCCGGCCCGGCCUGCGUCCCCGGAAGCCGGCAACACACUGCGUCGCUGGCGCUGCCACGUGCAGCGGUUCUUCUACCGGAUCUAUGCCAGCCUGCGCAUCGAGGAACUCUUCAGCAUCAUCCGAGACUUCCCGGACUCCCGGCCAGCCGUCGAGGACCUCAAGUACUGCUUGGAGAGAACUGACCAGAGGCAGCAGCUGCUCCUGUCCCUCAAGGCUGCCCUGGAGACACGCCUCCUCCAUCCAGGCGUGAACACGUGCGACAUCAUCACCCUCUACAUAUCGGCCAUCAAGGCCCUGCGUGUGCUGGACCCGUCCAUGGUCAUCCUGGAGGUGGCCUGCGAGCCCGUUCGCCGCUACCUGAGGACGCGGGAGGACACAGUGCGGCAGAUUGUGGCUGGGCUGACGGGGGACUCCGACGGGACAGGAGACUUGGCUGUUGAGCUGUCCAAGACGGAUCCAGCGAGCCUGGAGACCGGUCAGGACAGCGAGGAUGACUCUGGAGAGCCAGAGGACUGGGUCCCCGACCCCGUGGAUGCUGAUCCAGGCAAGUCCAGUUCCAAGCGGCGCUCCUCGGACAUCAUCAGCCUUCUGGUCAGCAUCUAUGGCAGCAAGGACCUCUUCAUCAACGAGUACCGCUCGCUGCUGGCCGACCGCCUGCUGCACCAGUUCAGCUUCAGUCCCGAGCGGGAGAUCCGCAACGUGGAGCUGCUGAAGCUGCGGUUUGGGGAGGCCCCGAUGCACUUCUGCGAGGUCAUGCUGAAGGACAUGGCAGAUUCCCGUCGCAUUAAUGCCAACAUCCGCGAGGAGGAUGAGAAGCGUCCCGCAGAGGAGCAGCCGCCUUUCGGGGUCUAUGCCGUCAUCCUGUCCAGCGAGUUCUGGCCACCCUUCAAGGACGAGAAGCUGGAGGUCCCCGAGGACAUCCGGGAGGCCCUUGAGGUUUACUGCAAGAAGUAUGAGAAGCUGAAGGCCAUGCGGACCCUCAGCUGGAAGCACACCCUGGGCCUGGUGACCAUGGACGUGGAGCUGGCCGACCGCACCCUGUCUGUGGCCGUGACUCCUGUGCAGGCGGUGGUCUUGCUGUACUUCCAGGACCAAGCCAGCUGGACCCUGGACGAGCUGAGCAAGGUGGUCAAGAUGCCCGUGGCGCUGCUGCGGCGGCGGAUGUCGGUGUGGCUGCAGCAGGGCGUGCUGCGGGAGGAGCCGGCCGGGACCUUCUCGGUCGUGGAGGAGGAGCGGCCGCACGACCGGGACAGCCUGGUGCUCAUCGACAGCGAUGAGGACAGCGACUCGGGCAUGGCCUCCCAGGCUGACCAGAAGGAGGAGGAGCUGCUGCUCUUCUGGACGUACAUCCAGGCCAUGCUGACCAACCUGGAGAGCCUCUCUCUGGAGCGCAUCUACAGCAUGCUGCGCAUGUUUGUGGUCACGGGGCCCGCGCUGGCCGAGAUCGACCUGCAGGAGCUGCAGGGCUUCCUGCAGAAGAAGGCUGCAAACCUGCUAGACCGGCCUGCAGGGGCGGUGUCCACUCCUGACGCAGCGCUUCUGCUCCCUGUGCCUUUGGACAUGGUUUGUGGACGAAUGUGGUUAAAAAGCUGUGUCUUGGGUUACAGCAUUAACAGAUACAGAGGUGUGCCAGAAACGGCUGGCCGGUCCCUGACCGCUCCCCUAGGAGGGGUCACUUGUGUCAGGAAUCAGGAAGGUCCCCAGUGGGCAGGGGUCAGCUGAGGCCCCUCUGCAUCCCUGCCCGUGGGACCCUGUGGGAUCAGCCGUUUGAGGGGGGCAGUUCCUCCUGCUGCCUGCGUGGUUUGCUUGGCCAAGUCCUUAGGGGAAGUGGGAGGGGUGCAGGAGGCCAGGGGAGCGGCUGGGGUUAACUCUGAAGAUGCCACAGCCUGCAGGUGGGCCCUUCGGGCGGCGCUUGGCCGCUUGACAGAAGAUGCACCACGUCCGAGCCAGCUGCUCCAGGGGAGGUGGUUCUGGGGAGACUUGUGGGCAGUGCCCCCCACCUCCCUGGGGGGUGGAAGGGCCCCGGACAUGCCCCUGGACCUGAGCCCUGGUGGGUGUAGGCGAGAUCCUCCUCAGGACAGCCAGUGUGAGGGAGGGCAGUGAGCACAGGUGUCCCCCUCAACCCCUGCUUGUCCCAGCCUCCCGGGAUCCUGAGACAAAACCAGGCCCUCCCCUCCCCCCACAGGUGUUCCAGGUCACUGUCUCCGCUUCCCCGGGGCCUGAGCAUGGGUGUCCUCCCCUUCCCCAAAAAGCA